AUGUCGACAAAGUUUGGCAGAUCACGAUCCUCCUUGUGCGAAAUCUUUCUCCACGUCAUCAACGAACUAUACGACCGGUGGGGCUCGCUGCUCUACCUUAACAAGAAGUUGCUUGCCCAGAACAUGGAUCGGUACUGUGACGCUGUAACUGCCAAGGGGGCGCUGUUGUCCAACUUGUUCGGUUUUAUCGACGGCACGAAGCUCCAGACGUGCCGCAUAUCCUCGACCGGCAGUGGCGAAAACUUGCAGCGGCAAGUUUACAGUGGUCACAAGCGAAUCCACUGCCUCAACUACCAGGCAGUGACGGCACCCGAUGGCAUUUGCUUGUACUUUUUUGGUCCCGUUGAAGGUCGCCGACACUUGAUGGAACAAUUCGCGAAUGAUCGUUCCUUUUUGAAGGGAAACAGUUUGACGGCAGAGAGACAAGAGUUCAAUAAGUGGAUGAGUCGAGUUAGGCAGUCCGUGGAAUGGAACUUCAAGAUGUUGAAGUCGUUGUGGGCAAUCAUCACGUUCAAGACGUUGUCAAAGAUUCGACUAUCGCCGGUUGUAAUUGUCGUUGCUGUUGCGAUGCUUUUGACUAAUUGCCAUUGCUGCCACUUUGAAGGAAAUCAAAUCAGCCAGUUCUUUGGGUUGAAGCCGCCAACAGUUCGAGAAUAUCUAGACACAUUGGAGAAAAUUGACAUCUAA